CUCGUUUCUUCCCCUCUGGGGCUGCCCUGCCGGAGAUGGGAGCUGACCCGCCAAUCGCAGCAAGCCUUUCUGUGCCACGUGAUGCAGUUUUCCCAGCUAUUUAAAGUCCGCGGGGGGCUCUUUCUGCUGAGUCAUAAGUGAGCUGAGAUCGGGUUUGCGGGCUGGAGGUUUUGCUACAGGGCUGCAGCAUGGAAAGUGGACUGACUGCGACUCAGCUCAAGCUCCAGGCCGGAGACAGCGUCCAAGUAAAGGGGAAAGUCUUGCCGGAUGCCAAAGGGUUUGUGGUGAAUGUUGGGCAAGACAGCGAGAACCUGCUGCUCCACUUCAAUCCGCGCUUUGACUGUCACGGGGACGUGAACACCAUCGUGCUCAACUCCAUGCGUGACGGGGUUUGGGGGGAGGAGCAGCGAGAGAGCACCUUCCCUUUUCAGCAGGGCGAGAAAGCAGAGGUCACAGUCUCCUUUGAUGCUUCUGAGCUGAAAGUGAAGCUGGCCGAAGGUCAAGAGAUCUCUUUCCCCAACCGGCUGGGCCUGGAGAAGAUACAUUUCCUCUCUGUGGAAGGCGACUUCAAAAUCAAAGCGCUCAAAUUCUGAUGGGUGUUCCUGCAGUCUUGUUUCGGUGUCGAAUAAACUCAGGCAUGUUCUUCAAAA